AUGGCUGUGGCGGCCAUGGGCCGACGGGGCCGACGGCAUGCCAGGUGUUUGGCAGCGGCCGCAGCGGUGAUUGUUUUGCUGGCAAUGUCGCCAGCAGCCGUGCCUGUGUCCAGAUCCUGGCUCCGGAGCGCCGGCAGCCUGGUGGCCCUGGUGGCCGGCAGGCCAGCAAUGGCGCAGGGGGUCAAUGCAGCCAUUCGCAGCUUAUCCCGCCCUCGUCCGCGACCUGAGACUGGGGUGCAGCUCAGUAGCGAUCUGGGCAUCAUGGAAGGAGAUGCCGAUGCCUCGGGAGCCCGCCUGGUGGCUGCCGAGGUCCUGGCUUCCACAAAGGUAACCACGACUUGGAACGAUGAGGAGGUGAGUUUCACCAGCCCUUGGCCUGUGGAGCGAGCGAGUGCAGGGAAGAGCCUGGAGGUUCGUUCCAAAGGUGCGAGCGUCUUCCUCCAGGUAAUCCUAUCCGGAGAGUCCUUGACAAGCGAAGGCCUGUUGGAUGAGGUUUUAAGCAGCAAAGGCAAGUUUGGAGCCUAUGGACUCCCAGAUGCCAUCAAGGUUCUCUCAGACGAAGCGGAAAAUGGGAGGAGGACACUGAUGAUUGAGUUCACCAGUUACUCCCCGCGUGGCGCGAGGGGCCUCAGUGAGAUGAUGGCAGAGGCCUUGUGA